AUGUUUUUAGUUGCAAAUUCCAAUUUUACACAAUGGGAGACUGCAUUUAAUAUAUAUAUUUUUUAUUUUAUUUAUAAUUUUAUGGCAACUACAUCUGACUCUCUUCUCUUUUACGCUGUGUUGUGCUGUGUUAUUGUGUGAUACUCCGUGCUUCUCUGGCUUCAGACCAAACAUGAAGUAUGUUUUUCUGUCCUUGACACUGAAACCUUGUGUUCCUCCUCAGGCCUGUGGGUGGCGCUGUGUGUGAUUGUGUGUCUGCCGGUGGAGCAGAUGAGGCUUUUACUCACAUGUGAGUCAUUGGUUUGUGUUGAUGCUGCUCCUUAAAGCUGCUGUGUGCCUGUGAGUCGUGUGUUGUCGCCGUGAUUGGAGCAGAGGCCGGUGCGUGGAUGCAUCGCAGGGCGGACUGAGCUCACCGACAGACGGGCCAGAAGCUCCCGCUGACGCGCUGAAACAUGUCCGGGACUCCGGCCACAUCUGCGACCCUGCAGCCCGCAAAAAUGAAAAAGGACGAGUCCUUUCUGGGCAAACUAGGAGGAACCCUAGUCCGGAAAAAGAAAUCUAAAGAAGUGAGCGAUCUCCACGAAGAGGGGAAGAAUGCAAUCAAUGCUCCCAUGCUGCUUUCAGGGACAGACAUCCAUCCAGAGGACACGCUGCUGGAGGAAAAUGCUGAGAGACUCAUGUUGGACCCGACGUCACGGGAAAAUCUUAAAUUUAAAGAUCUUUUGAAGGUCCUGAUUGACUGGAUCAACAGUGAGUUGGAGGAAGAGAGGAUCAUAGUCAAAGACCUGGAGGAGGAUUGCUAUGAUGGACAAGUGCUCCAGAAGUUAUUUGAAAAGUUGUCAGGCAGAAAGCUGAACGUGGCGGAGGUCACCCAGUCGGAGAUCGGCCAGAAGCAGAAGCUUCAGACAGUUUUAGAGGCUGUCAACGACCUGCUGAGGCCUCACGGCUGGACCAUCGAGUGGAGUGUGGACUCGAUCCAUUCAAAGAACCUGGUGGCCAUCGUUUAUCUGCUGGUGGCUCUCGCUAUGCACUUCCAGGCCCCCAUCAGGCUGCCUGAGCACGUCUCUGUACAGGUGGUGGUGGUCAAGAAGCGAGAGGGCAUCCUGCAGACUGCUCUGGUCACCAAGGAGCUGACGAGUACCACAGAAAUGAUGAUGGGAAGAUUUGAGAGGGAUGCAUUUGAUACUUUGCUGGAUCACGCACCUGACAAGCUCAACGUGGUUAAAACGUCACUCAUCACCUUUGUGAACAAACACUUGAACAAGUUGAAUCUGGAAGUUACUGAGCUGGAAUCUCAGUUUGCUGAUGGAGUGUACCUGAUUUUACUGAUGGGGCUGCUGGAAGACUACUUUGUCCCUCUGUACAACUUCUUCCUCACCCCAGAGAGCUUCGAGCAGAAGGUUCACAAUGUGGCUUUUGCUUUUGAACUGAUGCAGGACGGAGGCCUGAAAAAACCCAAAGCCAGACCAGAAGAUGUUGUGAAUCUGAACCUCAAGUCCACCCUCAGAGUCCUCUACAACCUGUUCACCAACUACAAAAAUACUGAGUGAACUUUUCCACUUUUACCCUCUGAUAUUACUUUGAACACUGGCCUGUGCCUGAGCUGAUCAUUUGCAUUACAGUCUGGACACUGGAGAUCAA